AUGUCGCAAGGCAAUUCCGGUCGCACCACUCUAUUCGAUGCAAUAAUUCGCACGCAGAUAAUAUCUUUCUUUGCAAAGACCUGCUGCACAAACCUCCUACGGGUGACCGCAUUGCGUGCGUCUCUCACGGCAUUCGACAUCGAAAUCAUAUCUAUCCGGCGCAGACUCGACGGAGGAAGAAAUGUGGACGCGGUGGACGAACUGGAGGUGGAAUUAUGCCAUCGCGCCAUGGCCUUGGAAGCGUUGCAAUACUGCAACAACAUCCUUUGGCUGUUGGAACAGAUAAUAGAGUGCAUGACACGAAUCCAAGUCGUGGAUGGUGCCUGGGGUGGUGCCGAGGCAAAUCGUUUACGCGACCUCAGUGGCAUGUUCACCCAGGAGCUUCGACACGAACGCAACGCCGUGGCCAUCUUGGCUCGCCUGAAUGAGUUGUUUCCAUGA